AUGGAUCUAGCGCCGGAGGAGCUCCAAUUCCUCUCAAUACCUGACAUUGUAGGGGAAUCGAUCUCAAUCCCGAAGCAAUCUCCCAAAACCUUCUACCUCACAACCCUAACCCUAAUCUUCCCGCUCUCCUUCGCCAUCCUCGCGCAUACCCUCUUCACCCACCCAAUUAUCUCCCGCCUCGAGAACCAACCCACCGACGAUCCGGCCACCAUCAGCCACGAGUGGACCGUCCUCCUCGUCAUCCAGUUCUGCUACCUGAUCUUCCUCUUCGCCUUCUCCCUCCUCUCCACCGCCGCCGUCGUCUUCACCGUCGCCUCCCUCUACACCUCCAAGCCGGUCUCCUUCUCCUCCACCAUCUCCGCCAUCCCCAAGGUCCUCAAGCGCCUCUUCAUCACCUUCGUCUUCGUCGUCCUCCUCAUGCUCGCCUACAACGUCGUCUUCCUCUUCGUCCUCGUCGUCUUCCUCGUCAACAUCGACACCGAGAACCCUCUCCUCGUCCUCGUCUCCCUCCUCGUCAUCUGCGUCCUCUUCCUCCUAAUCCAUGUCUACAUUACCGCCCUCUUUCACCUGGCCAGCGUCGUCUCCGUUCUGGAGCCCGUUUACGGCUUCUCCGCCUUGAAGAAGAGCUACGAGCUUCUCAAGGGAAAGGCUGGAGCUGCCGGGGUGCUUGUGUUUGUGUAUUUGACCAUCUGUGGAGUGAUUGGGGGCUUUUUUGGCUCCGUGGUGGUUCGUGGCGGAGACAGAUACGGGAUGUUUGUGAGAGUCGCGGUGGGUGGGUUCCUCGUCGGGGUGCUGGUGAUUGUGAAUUUGGUGGGUUUGCUGGUCCAGAGUGUGUUCUACUAUGUCUGCAAGAGCUUCCAUCACGAGGAGAUCGAUAAGUUGGCCUUGCAUGAUCAGCUCGGCGGGUAUCUUGGUGAGUACGUGCCUCUGAGGAGCACCAUUCAGCUGGAGACCUUGAAUGGUUGA